AUGGCUGAGAUUACUGCACUGCGUUUUGAACAGCACUCGACGGGUCUGGGCAUACAAUGCUCUUCGCCUCGUAUCUCAUGGACCUUUUGCCCUAUUGACGACUCUAUCUGCGACUGGACACAAUCUCAAUAUGAGAUAUCGGUGUACCGUGAAGCCGGACCACCGGCCGAGUUCAUUGUCGAUAGCCAUACGUCAGCCCUAGUUCCAUGGCCUGCCGCCCCAUUACAAUCUCGAGAACGAGCCCAUGUUCGAGUUCGAGUGUGUGGUAUUUGGAUGGAUAGAGCAACCAAGCGCAAACACUCAGGUUGGUCUGCCUGGUCUUCGUGGGGAGCAGUUGAAUGCGGCCUCCUAAGUCGGCAGGAUUGGAAUGCAGUACCCAUCUCUUCGUCUUUCAUUCAAGCGAGUCAUGGAGAUGAGCCACUGAGGCCGUUGCUCUUCCGAAAAUCAUUUAUAUUGCCGGCCACAUUUAAGUCUUUGCAUCGGGCGCGACUGUAUAUCACGGCAUUAGGGGUCUAUCGGGCCUAUAUCAACGGAUCAAGGGUCGGGGAUCAUGAAAUGGCGCCCGGGUGGACAAGCUACCGUCAUCGCCUUGCAUAUCAAGUGUUUGAUAUUGACUCAUUGAUCAAUCCAAAUUGCAAUAAUGUGCUGAGCAUCGAAGUCGCCGAAGGCUGGUUCGCUGGCCGACUUGGAUUUAGUGGUGGCAAGCGAAAUAUCUAUGGAAAUUGCAUGGCCGUUAUGGCCCAGUUGGAGGUCGACGGGAUCAGAGGCGAGAAAUUCCAGGUCACGUCAGACAGCAGCUGGAAGUGCCACCGGAGUCCUAUCAUGAGCAGUGAAAUCUACAAUGGCGAAUUGUAUGAUGCGAGAGCCGAAGUGGGCGACUGGAACCGACAUGGUCCGCAGUACCUCGAUGAGAACUGGGAGAAAGUUUCCGUUCUAGAAUUUCCUAGCGCUCGACUAUACGCCCCAAACGCCCCUCCAGCACGAAUCACGGAGUGUUUGACUCCUCGGGAGAUCUUUACCACCCCGAGCGGUCGGUUGGUUGUUGACUUUGGUCAGAACCUAGUCGGCAAACUUCUCAUACAUUCCAUGACUCUGCCCCUGGAUACAAUUGUAAGAUUCACACACGCCGAAGUGAUGGACACCGACGGGGAAGUGGGAACACGACCACUUCGCGGUGCAAAAUGCGUCGACACGAUCAUAUCAUCUGGGCAGAAAUUAGUCGAUUGGUCACCAAAAUACACAUUUCAUGGCUUUCGAUACGUGCAGGUGGAUGGGUGGGAUCCUCGAACCGCGCCGGACUGGCGGACGAACAUCAGGGCGCUAGUGAUUCAUACCGAUUUCAGACGGACAGGGCGGUUUGAAUGUUCUAACCCGCUCAUCAAUCAAUUGCAUAAGAAUGCCUGCUGGAGUAUGCGCGGGAACUUCUUGUCCCUCCCAACAGAUUGCCCUCAACGGGACGAACGACUUGGAUGGACGGGAGAUAUCCAGAUUUUCGGUCCAUCCGCGACGUUUCUCUAUGACUCCACCGCUAUGCUCUCCGAGUGGAUGGAAGAUGUAGCUUGCGAGCAGUCAGAUUACCAUGGCGUUCCGCCUCUCGUGGUCCCCAAUAUUCUGGACCAUGUCUGGCCUUCAAUUCCCCAAGCCGUCUGGGGUGAUGUGGUGAUCAUUCUUCCCUGGAUAUUAUACCUUUCGUCUGGCGAUCGAGACAUUUUACAGCGACAAUACUCCAGUAUGGCCAUGUGGCUUGACCAAGGAGUUCGGCGAGGGAAGGAUGGAUUGUGGGAUCCUCAGCUAUGGCAAUUGGGCGACUGGCUCGACCCUCAGGCGCCACCGGACGAGCCAGGGGACUGCCGAACCAACGGCACUCUGGUGGCAGAUGCAUAUCUUGUUCAUGUCACAUCGCUUAUGGUCAAGAUUAGCACCGCCAUCGGUCGGGAUACGGAGAGUGCACACUACAGGCAAGAGGCUCAACUUCUCCGUAGCCUUUUCCGAGAGAGGUACAUCACGUCAUCUGGCCUGGUAGUUGGAGAUUCUCAGACCGCAUACUCCUUAACUAUAGUCUUUGGUCUUUUAUCCGGCAAGGAUCAGCUUUCUAUGGCUAGCUCUCAGCUUGCCGACCGGGUGCGUAUAGCAAAGUUCCGUGUAGCCACCGGCUUUGCCGGUACGCCCAUCAUUUUACGGGCUUUGACGGAGUCUGAUAACCUGUCACUGGCUUAUCGAAUGCUCCUGGAAGAGCGCUGUCCGUCGUGGCUAUAUCCUAUUACUAUGGGUGCUACCACGGUCUGGGAACGAUGGGACAGCAUGCUUCCAGAUGGCUCUAUUAACCCCGGUGAAAUGACUUCUUUCAACCAUUAUGCCCUGGGCUCUGUGGUCGCCUGGCUCCAUGACACUGUGGGUGGCUUGCGGCCACUUGAAGCUGGCUGGAAGUCUGCACUGGUAUCUCCAAAGCCCGGGGGUUCCUUGACUCAUGCCACUGUAUCCUACGAAAGCGUCUACGGCCACUGGAGCUGCACGUGGAAACUGGUUCCUAAUGCAGAUCGAGAUGAAGGAAUGGCUCUCUGCCUAGACCUGGUUGUCCCGCCAAACUGCCAGGCAUUAGUACAGAUUCAAGCCGCUGAAGAUGGAUCUGGUGAUAUGGAGAAGAGGGUGGGCUCGGGGAGGCAUCAGUGGAAAAUUCCCUUCAGCCCUAGGCCAUGGCCACCUCACGCGACUGCCCCAUUCAUAACAAAUCCGGGGCAAGGCUUAUAG